CUGAGAAAGUUAAGGUUGAGCUGCUGAGCCUGACCUUUAACAGGCCUUUGGAAUUCCCCCACACAGACUAGAUAAGGGAUUUUUUUUAAUGGGAAACGUAACAAGUUCACUUUAGAAUCCCUUUUUUGGUGCACAAAUCUGGCUAUUUCACAGAAAUAUCAGCUCUGCAAGUAAGUUGGAGUUGAUCUCUUCCCUCAGAAAACUGCUGGCUGGUAGUCAUCAACAAGAUGUGAACAAGGAAGGUUCCCAAAGGAGAACACUGAACACUCGUUUCAGGAUGAAGCCGCAAGAGCAAAGAAGUACUUUUAACACAAACAAAUACCAUCCAUUGACCAACAGAUGCAGGAGGACUCUUUUCCCAACUACUCCUACAGCCCCUGUGCUGAGAAUCUGGCUCCUUCCAAAGCAGCUUCCUCUCCUGAUGCUGUUCUCUGCCUUGCAGACACCCUCCGGGAGUUCUGAGGUUGCCAUUAACAUCAACUUUGACUUGGCACCAAAUUCCUUUGAUGAUCAGUACCAAGGAUGCAGCCAGCAGGUCAUGGAGAAGCUAAGUCAAGGGGAUUAUUUCACAAAAGAAAUAGAAACACAUAGAAAUUACUACAGGGUCUGGAGUAAUGCCUAUUUAACCUGGUUGAACCAAGAAAAAGAUCUCCCCAAGAACAUUAAUAUUACGCAUGCUGUGGCCAUCUCAGUUUAUACAUCAAACAAUAGCAUUCGCACAGACUUCAUCAGAGCCAUGGCCAGUGCUACUAGGACUCCACGGCAGUAUAAACAUUCAUUCCAUUUCAAAUACCUACACUACUACCUGACCUCAGCAAUCCAGCUGCUAAGGAAAGAGAUAGUGGGGAAGAAUAACUCAUUGUGUUAUGAGGUGCAUCAUGAGAUGAAGGGUAUCAAUUUGGAAGCCUACAGAGGUGCCACCAUCCGAUUUGGCCAAUUCCUCUCCACCUCCCUCCGAAAAGAAGACACACAGAAGUCUGAAAACCAAACUCUAUUUACCAUAUUCACCUGUCUGGGUGCACCUGUAGAAGAAGUCUCUGUCAAGAAGGAGGUCCUGGUCCCUCCCUAUGAGUUGUUCAAAGUUGUAAAUAUGAGCUACAACCCAAGAGGAAAUUGGUUGCAAUUGCAGUCAGCUGGGAACCAGAGCACAUAUAACUGUCAGCUACUAAAAGCUUCCAGCAAAAAGUACAACCCAGCUCCCAUGGUUAUUGCUUCUCUCUCCUUCUUGACCAGUGUCGUCAUCUCUUCCAAAAGUAGAGUAUAAAGGAACCUUGUGGUUUUGCUUUCUCUGUGCCCUUUUGCUUGACGCCAGCCAGGGCACCCUGAAUACCCUUGGGGAAUCACUCUGCCCAGUCAUCAACUGAUACAGAGCUGACUCAGCCCACUGCCUGUGAGUGGACCUGUAACUCCGUAUAUUUCUUCUCCUUGGACACAGAGAUUCAUACUGAAAUAGAAAAGGACCCAGCCAGAGCCAGUGAGAUACAAUCAUGGUAAUUUUUUGGCAUCAGGAUUGGGAGUGGGGUGGGAGCCUUUUUUUUUUGAGUGAAGAUUAAUGAAAGCAGAGUGAGUAGGAGCCUGGAGCUACUAAGCGCUAUCUUGCCACCAGCAGGGGAGACUCUAUCUCCUUGAGAAUGGAGCGAACACAAUGAAGGAAGAAUUGAGGAAUGAAAAGAAACCAUUUUGAUGAGAGUAAGUGAGCCCCUAGAUCCAAUUGUGCC